UUUUAAAUCUGCGUCAACUUCAUAAAAUCUGAAUCAAAAUUUUUAAAAAUUUCACCCUCAUUUUACCACCAUUUUUACUAUGCUAAUUUUUUAAAUAAAAUUUAAUUCAAGGUUUAGCUCAUUUUUUAAAACUAAAUUGAAAAAUAUAUCAGAUAUAAAAAAUGUUUAACAACUAAACUAAACUUUACUAAAGUAAUAUUAGUAUUAGUAAUGUUGACAAAUCAUAUUGAAUUUUAUUUUUAUUAAAAGUUGAUUAAAAUAAUAAUAAACCAGUUUGUUGUCAUUAAAAUUUUUAAAUUAAUUAAAUUAAAAAUAAGUUCUUGAUCUCUGUUGAAUCAUCAUUUGAAAUGGAGAAUACACUGGUGGAGGUCCUAGUUGGACAAGUCUGGCAUAAAGUUUAUGCCAGUCUGAAGGGCGAAGACCUCAUAAUAUCAAUUGCAGAUGAUGCAACUCUUGAUGCCCACACUGCCACAACGGGUAAACAUUCAUCUCUGAACAGAGCAGGCAGCAACAGCACCAGGAGCCACCACAACAGCAGCAACACGAACACGAGAACCACCACCAACAACAACAACUGCAACAACACAAACACCUUGGAUGGUCUGACAGGUCAGAAGAGGGUGGUUCGGGUGUUCAAGGAGGACAACAGCGGUCUGGGUAUCAGUAUCAAGGGAGGAAGUGAGAACAAGAUGCCCAUCAUCAUCAGCAAGAUAUUCAAAGGCAUGGCAGCGGACAGAACAGAAAAGUUGUACGUCGGUGAUGCUGUGCUGGCAGUGAAUGGUGAGGACCUGAGAGAGGCCACACACGAUCAGGCUGUCAAGAUUCUGAAGAGAGCUGGCAAGGUCGUUGAUCUUGAAGUAAAAUACUUGAGGGAGGUGACUCCAUUUUUUCGAAGGGGUGUCCUACUUUCCGAGAUAGGAUGGUCUGAAAGUACGACCACUACCACAAAUGCUAGCAACAGCCACAACAACAACGGCUGCAACAACGUCAACAGUAACUCACUUAAAAGAAACAAAAGUGGUAAAAAUAAUUUUUGGCCUUCAGAGUUCAAAUCAAUUCCACUUGGAUUGUGUUAUGUGUGUCGGAAUGUCACUUACGUCGACUCUGAGAACAGGAUUGUAGAACUCCAUUCCCCAGAUUUGAAGUCUCUCAUAAUGCGAUUCACAGAUGAGCGAACGGCAUCUUCCUGGUUCUCCAGCAUCCACCAACUCGUCGAACACAUCACUAAACAGCACAUCCCUAUUUUUAAUGACGUCAGAUCUUCUGACACUAAAUCUGACAUUCGACACUUGGGCUGGAUUAGUGAACAGCUCUCUCCAGACAGCCUCAGUCGCACCUGGAGACGGUUAUUUGCCGUAGUUACUGGGGUGGACAUUAUGUUUUAUAAUGCUGUUCCAACCUGCUUGCAAGAAUGGAAUCUCCCAGCUUAUUCUCACUCGCUGUUAACCAGCAGAUUGGUGCAUUCGAGCAGACAACAAACCAAAUCUCCAACGACACCAACAUCAACAUCACCCCCUUCAACAACAACGUGUAUUGAGUUGUUGACCUUUGGGAUGAGGUCAGGGGUCAACCAUGGAGUGGAGGGUCACGUAUUCAAGGUGGAAACAUCUAAGGAGUUGUCCAACUGGACGCGAGCUAUUGUGCAGGGUGUCAACAAUGCUGUCCUCCUUCUCAAAGAGAUUGCCACACACGUAAAGUACAAGGGCCAGUCGUGCCGGUUGACACUGCAUUACGAGCAUGGAUUCACCCUCAACCAACUCAACAUCUCGAACGGCUACGAAGGCCAUCGCCACGAAGACGACCUCAUCUGGAAGAAACCAUUUGAAAAGUUGAAAUCGUCCGCUGAUGACGGCAGCAGACUGGUCUGGCUGCAGUUUGUUGAUGAUGGUGAACAGGAAUUAGACUUAGAAUCUAACCCAAAGCCGUUUGUCUUUAUACUGCACAGCUUUCUGGCAGCAAAAGUUUCAAGACUUGGACUGGUUGCUUGAUUUUCAUUCAUUACCUUAUGGCAUUCUUAACAUAAUUUUCUUAUUUUAAUACAUUCACCAUCUGAUAAUACCUUCAGACUUUAUUCAGCGCUCAUCAGCAUUUAAUCAGCCGUUCAUGAUGCAUUUCAUGUUAAUCGUUUAUGUUUGUCAUCAUCUGUGUGUUCACGAUAAAUUUCAUUCACGUUAUACAUUAUUAUGUUAUUCGUCAUCAUAAUCUUCCCUUCGACAUUACUGUAACUGUAGGCACACUUGCAUGAUGCAUCUUACCAGUUCAGUUCAUCUUUUGUGCAUGUCUGCGGAUGGUUGUUAUCUGCAUCAUUUGUACAUUUUAUUCCAUUUGUAUUAAAGCUUUCUGAAUGUGUGUUAACGUUUGCAUUGAUUUCUGGGUUUAAGUUUUUAAUUUAUUUUUCAAAUUUAAUUUCUUAAUUUAAUUUCUGAGUUUGUUCGUAAUCGCCGGAAUGCAUGUUUCACAAUUCAUUGGCAAUUAACGGCGAUUUUGAGAAAUUUUACUGAAUAUAUAUUUAAAGAAUUGAUUUUUAUAUUUCAUUGACAAGCAUAACCAAAACUUGACGGCACGUAUUCAUGUAUUUUCGGAGGAGGGUUACUUACGUGUACAAUGAUCUGCAUUGGCUUCACUCGCAAUAUUUCACGAGUAUUUCUUCAGUUAUUUUGUUAGCAGUAAGUUUAAUUAAUUCAAUUCAGUUUAAUCAAUUCGAUUCAGUUGUUUUGUGUUUGUUUUUGUUCUGUUUUUACGAUUCGUCAUUCGAUUUAGCAAUAUUUCAAUUUCAAGAAGUUUAUUGAAUGUAGUUGAUUUUAUCAAUUUGUUAUGAAAUAUUCUAAAGUUUUGUUUUAUUUUUUCGUAUAUCUUUUGCGUUAUCUUAUAACUUAUUGAACGUUGAUUGUCGGCAUUGUUAUAUAACAUUUAUAAUGAAAGAUUUUUUGGUUAAUAUCGAUAUUCAGAAAAAAAUGAUAUAUUCAAAU